AUGCUAUCAAUUUUGCGAUCCCUAGCCUCUGGGGAUAGUGGCAGUGCUCUUUCACGCCGCUGGGAGUUCCGCGAUGAAUCCCCGCUCAAGGGUACCGAUCGUGCGCUCUUUAUUGCGAUGGGAAUUUGUGGCCUACUCUCCCUGAUCUCUACACUUUCUCUCUUGUCUUUCCUUACCUAUCGAUUCAUCUACUGGCAGCGCUACUACAAAAACUCGCUAGCCAAGAACCAAUACGUUGUGCUCAUUUACCAACUACUGCUGGUUGAUUUCCAACAAUCCAUUGCUUUUACGAUCAGUCUUUACUGGGCAUCUCGUGGGCGUGUUAGUUUUGGAGAGCCUGCCUGUUACCUUCAAGGAUGGUGGAUUCAAACGGGAGAUCCCGGCAGCGGUCUGUUUGUUCUCUCCAUCGCCCUUCACACAGGUGCUGUCGUGCUGCGCGGCCGACAGUUGCCCUUCAACAUUUUCAUAUGCUGCAUUGUUGGACUGUGGGCAUUCAUUCUUAUUUUGGGAUUCAUUCCCGUUGGGCUCUAUGGUGACAAAGCCUUUGUCAUCUCUGAAGCCAACUGGUGUUGGCUCAGUCCCACACAUGAGAACGAACGCCUCUGGGGACAUUAUUUUUGGGUCUUCUUGAGUGAAUUUGGAACCGUUCUGGAGUAUGGUAUCAUGUUUUUCUACCUAAAGAAGCGCAUGGCUUCUGCAAAGCUUUUGCGUCGAGGUCAACAAGAGAGCUUGCACCGAUUGAACCGAGUCGUCAUAUACAUGGUUGUCUAUCCGCUUGUAUACUUGAUCCUGUCACUGCCACUUGCUGCUGGUCGUAUGGCCACUGCACGUGGUGACGCUCCAAGCAAGACCUACUUCGGCGUGGCGGGCUGUUUGAUGUCUUUGUCAGGUUUCAUGGAUGUGACGGUGUAUACGUUGACUCGUCGCCACCUGCUCAUCGAUACCGAACAUUCUACUACGGACAGAAACUACCUCGGCGACAAUACGGAAUCGAACUGGCAAACACAGAUCACCACCAACGCGGGCACUCAAUCCCGGAAGGGCGGAUUUGGCAAGGGAUCUCGAUUUGGGUCCAAAUGGCAACGCAGUGCGCCCACUAUGGACAAGGAGACUCGAAAUAGUCCCUUCGAAGGAUCAACUGAAGACAUUGUUCCCAAAAACGACAUGGAAAUGUCUGAUUUCGGGGGGUGUACCAGGAAACAACUAUCGAGAUCUCCCACGAACCGGCCGCGUCGGCAGACUCGAUGA